AUGGAACCCCAACAACAACAAAACCACCACAGCCAACAACAACAACAACCAACAGAAGAUGGUGGUGGUGGAAGUGGAAGUGGGAAGAGUAACUUUCUAUGUAGGCAGAGUAGUACUCGGUGGACACCAACCACUGAUCAGAUAAGAAUACUGAAGGACCUUUAUUACAACAAUGGAGUUAGGUCUCCCAGUGCUGAUCAGAUUCAGAGGAUAUCUGCUAGGUUGAGACAGUAUGGAAAGAUUGAAGGAAAGAAUGUGUUUUAUUGGUUUCAGAACCAUAAGGCUCGAGAGAGGCAGAAGAAGAGGUUCACCACUGACAUCCCCAUGCAGAGAAGAGGAGGAGGAGGAGGUUGGAGAUCUGAAGAUCCUGUUUAUAACAAGUACCCUAACAUCAGCCCUGGGGUUCCAUCGCCAUCUUCUUCUUCAUCACCUGGAAUGCUUGCUAUAGGGCAGAUGGGAAGCUAUGGUGGUGGGUAUGGAUCUGUGACUAUGGAGAAAAGUUUUAGGGACUGCUCCAUAUCAGCAGGAUGCAGUGGUGGUGGGUCUAUAGGCCACAAUCUCUGGGUUGGUGCAGACCCAUAUUCUUCAUCCUACCCAUUCUUUGACAAGAGGAAAUCAAUGGAAGAAACCCUAGAAGAGGAGGAAGAAGAAGAGCAACAACAACAAAAAGCACCAGAGAUAGAAACCCUCCCUCUCUUCCCCAUGCACGGCGAAGACAUCUCCGGCUUCUGCAACAUUAAGCCGGAAUCUGACAACUACUACUCCAGCUGGUACCAUUCCAACGACAACAGCCACGGCAGCUCUCGUACUUCCCUUGAGCUCACCCUCAACUCCUACAUAGGCAGGUCAUCGGAUUCUGCCUAG